AGCUGGCAAAAGGCAUAAGCGGGACAUCAGGUUUUUUUUUUUCAGUCCAGUUGGCAUCUGAGAGAAAUUGGCGAAGCUUUUUGGUCCAGAAAAUAAGUUAGUUAGCAAAGGAAAUAAUAGAAUCCCUUACAAUGGACAAUUCUGAUGACAUGAAAAAAGCAGCAGCUGCAACUAACGAAUCUGUCGAAAAGGUAGAUGCCGUCGGCGAAAUGGAAAAAUCUACUGGAAUUCCAGAGUCGGCUGGAUUUUCAGAAUCUGGUGUCAAAGUGGAUGAUUUUAUAUUGGAUUAUGUACAGCUAUACACCGUAUUGCCGGGCUUUCCCCGCUGGAUCACCAGAACCCGUGAUGCUCUGCCGAUGGCGUUCUGGGAUCUUCAUAAAUACUUGGACCGUUUAGUGGAGGCUUACAUAUCAUACGACACCAUUCUACGCGGCUAUCUGGUGUCAUUGAACGGCAAUCUUGACCUUGUGUUAAGCAAUUGCUAUGAGGAUUACUACUACUAUAAGUCUCAGUAUUACGUGGGCGUCGUGCACCUCGAGGGCAAGCACCUUAAAUUCAUUAGAGAGAUCGACUAAUGUCGUGUGCCUGAUGAUAUCAAUAUGAAACUAAUUAAAGAGAAUAACCUUUAG